AUGAAACCUGAAGUCGAACAAGAACUCGCUCACAUCCUUCUCACUGAGCUCCUGGCUUACCAGUUUGCCUCUCCCGUCAGAUGGAUUGAAACCCAGGAUGUCAUUCUCAAAGACUACAAUGCUGAACGUAUCGUAGAAAUCGGCCCCUCUCCUACCCUCGCAGGUAUGGCCACAAGAACCCUCAAGGCCAAGUACGAGUCCUAUGAUGCCGCUCUUUCUCUUCAAAGACAAGUCCUCUGCUACUCAAAGGAUACUAAGGAAAUCUACUAUACUCCUGAUCCUCCAGCUGAGGCUGAGGCUGCUCCUGCCGCUGCUGCCGCUCCCGCUGCUGCUGCAUCCUCUGCUCCUGCUGCUGUUGCUGCCCCCGUUGCCGCAGCUCCUGCCGCUGCUGCUGGCCCAGCUGCUGCCAUCGACGACACCCCCGUCAAGGCUAUUGAAAUCCUUCACGCUCUUGUUGCCCAGAAACUUAAAAAGACUCUCGACCAGGUCCCCCUCUCCAAGUCUAUUAAGGACCUCGUCGGUGGCAAGUCUACCGUCCAAAACGAAAUCCUUGGUGAUCUCGGAAAGGAAUUCGGUGGUGCCCCUGAUAAGCCUGAAGAAGUUCCCCUUGGCGAGCUUGCUGAAGCCUUCCAACAAUCCUUCUCUGGCCAAUUGGGCAAGCAAUCCUCUUCUCUCAUCUCUAAGCUCAUGUCUUCUAAGAUGCCUGGUGGUUUCUCCAUCACCUCUGCCAGAAAGUACCUCUCGGACCGCUAUGGCCUCGGCCAGGGCCGUCAGGACUCUGUCUUCCUCAUCGCCAUCACCCUCGAGCCCAAGAACCGUCUCGGUGCUGAGCCUGAAGCUAAGGCCUUCCUCGAUGAAUGCGCAAACAAGUAUGCUGCUGUCGCUGGUAUCAGUCUUUCUUCUGGCGCUGGUGCUGGUGCCGGUGCUGGUGGUGCUGCCGCUGGUGGUGCCGUCAUUGACUCUGCUGCCUUUGAAGAACUCACUAAGGAUCAGAAGUACCUUGUCCGCCAACAACUCGAACUCUUUGCCAACUACCUUAAAGUCGACAUCCGCAAGGGUGACAAGGCUCUUAUUGCCCAAAAGGAUGCUACUGCUCUUCUUCAGGCCGAACUCGAUCUCUGGAACCAAGAGCACGGCGAGUUUUACGCUCAAGGCAUUAAACCCGUUUUCUCCCCCCUCAAGGCUCGUACCUACGACUCCUACUGGAACUGGGCUCGCCAGGACGCUCUCAAAAUGUUUUGGGACGUUAUCUUUGGCAAGCUCGACACUGUUGACCGUGAAAUUGUUGCAAACUGUAUCUCCCUUAUGAACCGUGCUAACCCUACAUUUAUCGAUUUUGUUCAAUACCACAUGGACCACGUCCCCACUGAGCGUGGCGCUACCUACAAGCUCGUCAAGGACCUUGGUAUCCAACUCCUCGAAAACUGCAAAGAAUCUCUUAACGCUGACCCCGUCUACAAGGAUGUCAACUACCCCACUGGCCCUCAAACUACCGUUGACGAAAAGGGCAACAUGUCUUACAAGGAAGUCCCCAGACCUUCCGUCCGCAAACUCGAACACUAUGUCCAAGAAAUGGCUCAAGGUGGUCCCAUCACUAAGGAUCCCAAGGCCAAUGCCCAGGCUCAACUCGCCGCUAUUUACCAAACCCUUUCUAACCAAAAUUCAAACUCUGCUUCUAAAACUAAGCUCGACUCUCUCUACGCCGAGCUCAACAAGGUCAUUGAAGCCAUCAAUGCCGACACCUCUUCUGCUAAAACCUCUGAAAAAAUCGACCGUGUCUCGGCCUCUGUCCCCAAAGACACUGUCCCCUUCCUCCACCUCAAGAGCCGUUCCGGCGACGAGUGGUCUUACGACCGUGCCCUUUCCGGUGCCUACCUCAAUGGCUUGGAGACUGCCGCUAAGGAAGGUAUCACUUUUGCCAACAAGAAUGUUUUGAUCACUGGUGCCGGUGCCGGCUCCAUUGGUGCUGACAUUCUCCAAGGCCUUCUCUCUGGUGGUGCCAAGGUCGUUGUUACAACCUCUAGAUACUCUCGCCAGGUUACUGAAUUUUACCAAUCUAUCUACACUAGAUUUGGUGCUGCUGGCUCUACCCUCAUUGUUGUCCCCUUCAACCAGGCUUCUAAGACUGACGUUCUUGGCCUUGUUGACUUCAUCUACAAUGACCCCAAGAAGGGUGGUCUUGGCUGGGACCUUGACUUUGUCAUUCCCUUUGCUGCCAUCCCUGAAAAUGGUAUUGAAAUCGACGGUAUUGACUCCAAGUCUGAGCUUGCUCACAGACUUAUGCUUACCAAUGUCCUUAGACUUGUUGGUGCUGUCAAGACCCACAAGGCUAACAAUGGUGUCAUUACCCGUCCUGCUCAGGUCAUUCUUCCUCUUUCUCCCAACCACGGUACUUUUGGUGCUGAUGGUCUCUACUCUGAGUCUAAGCUUUCUCUUGAAACUUUGUUCAACAGAUGGCACUCUGAGUCUUGGGGCCCUUACCUCACCAUUUGCGGUGCUGUUAUUGGCUGGACUAGAGGUACUGGUCUCAUGUCUCAAAACAAUGCCAUUGCCGAGGGUGUUGAGAAGAUGGGUGUCCGCACCUUCUCUCAAAAGGAAAUGGCCUUCAACAUUCUUGGUCUCUUGACUCCUCAGAUUGUCAAGCUUGCCCAGGAGUCUCCUGUCUUUGCCGACCUCAACGGUGGUCUUCAGUUUAUUGAGAACCUUAAGGAUCUUACUGGCCGUUUGAGAUCUGAGCUUGCUGAAAAGACUGAUAUUAGACGUGCUGUUUCCAUUGAGACUGCCAUUGAGCACCGUGUCACCAGCGGUGAGGCUGCCGAUGCUCCUUACCAGCGUGUCGUUGUUCAACCCAGAGCCAACGAAACUUAUGCUUUCCCCACCCUCAAGUCUUAUGAUGACCUCAAGAAGGUUGCUCCUGAGCUCGAGGGCAUGCUUGAUCUUGAGCGUGUUGUUGUCAUUACUGGUUUUGCUGAAGUUGGUCCUUGGGGUAACGCCCGUACCCGCUGGCAGAUGGAAGCCAAUGGUACCUUUUCUCUUGAAGGUGCCAUUGACAUGGCCUGGAUCAUGGGUCUCAUCAAGCACCACAAUGGUCCCCUCAAGGGCAAGCCCUACUCUGGUUGGGUUGAUGCCAAGACCAACGAGCCCGUUGAUGAUAAGGAUGUCAAGGCCAAGUACGAGUCUUAUAUUCUUGACCACUCUGGUAUCCGUAUUAUUGAGCCUGAGCUUUUCAAUGGCUACGAUCCUCUCAAGAAGCAGUUCUUGCAAGAAGUCAUCAUUGAGCACGACCUCGAACCCUUUGAGUCUUCCAAGGAGGCUGCUGACCAGUUCAAGCUUGAGCAAGGUGACAAGGUCGAGACUUUUGAGAUUGAUGGUACCGACCAGUUUACUGUUCGUUUCUUGAAGGGUGCCCGCAUCCUUGUCCCCAAGGCUCUUAAGUUCAACCGUCUUGUUGCUGGCCAGAUCCCCACUGGUUGGGAUGCCCGCAGAUAUGGUAUUUCUGAGGAUACCAUUUCCCAAGUUGACCCCGUCACUCUUUACGCCCUUGUCUCCACUGUCGAGGCUCUCAUGGCUUCUGGUAUCACUGAUCCCUUUGAGUUCUACAAGUACGUCCACUUGUCCGAGGUCGGUAACUGUUCCGGUUCCGGUAUGGGUGGUGUUUCUGCUCUCCGCGGUAUGUUCAAGGAUCGUUACCUUGAUAUCCCUGUCCAGAAUGAUAUUCUCCAAGAGUCCUUCAUUAACACCAUGUCUGCUUGGGUUAACAUGUUGCUCAUCUCUUCCUCUGGACCCAUCAAGACCCCCGUCGGUGCUUGCGCUACAGCUAUUGAAUCUGCUGACGUUGGUAUCGAGACUAUUCUCAGCGGCAAGGCCAAGAUUGUCUUCAUUGGUGGUUACGAUGACUUCCAGGAGGAGGGCUCUUAUGAGUUUGGUAACAUGAAGGCUACCUCCGACUCCACCACUGAGGAAGCCCACGGCCGUACUCCUGGUGAGAUGUCCAGACCUACCUCCACUUCCCGUUCCGGUUUCAUGGAGGCCCAGGGUGCUGGUAUCCAGGUCGCCAUGAGCGCCAAGCUUGCUGUUGAAAUGGGUGUCCCCAUCUACGGUAUUGUUGCCCUGACUGCCACUGCCACUGAUAAGAUUGGCCGUUCCGUUCCUGCUCCUGGCCGUGGUAUCUUGACCACUGCUCGCGAGAAUCAAGACAAUAAGUUCCCCCACAGACUUCUUGACAUUAAGUACCGCCGCAAGCAACUCGAGAAGCGCCGCAACCAGGUCAAGGAGUGGCUCAGCGACGAGUACGAGUACCUUGCCGAUGAAGUUGAGGCUCUCAAGAAGGGUGACGACAAGUUUGACGCUGCCACUUACUACAAGGAGCGUUCUGAGCAGAUUGAGUUUGAAGCUGCUCGCCAGGAGAAGGAGGCCCGCAACCACUGGGGCAAUGAGUUCUGGAAGCAGGACCCCCGCAUUGCUCCUCUUCGUGGUGCUCUUGCUACCUUUAACCUCACCAUUGAUGACAUUGGUGUUGCUUCUUUCCACGGUACUUCUACCAAGGCUAACGAUAAGAAUGAGUCUGCCACUAUCAACGACAUGCUCAACCACUUGGGCCGUUCUAAGGGUAACCCCGUUCUUGGUGUCUUCCAGAAGUACCUCACUGGUCAUCCCAAGGGUGCUGCCGGUGCCUGGAUGCUUAACGGUGUCUUGCAAAUCCUCAACUCUGGCAUUGUCCCCGGUAACCGCAACGCUGACAAUGUCGAUCCCGUCAUGGAGAAGUUUGACAAGAUUCUGUACCCAUCCAUCACCAUGCAGACCGACGGUAUCAAGGCUGCCUCUGUCACCUCGUUUGGUUUCGGUCAAAAGGGUGCUCAGCUCGUUGCCAUCCAUGCCGACUACGCUCUGGCUGCUUUGAGCAAGUCCCAGUACGAGGACUAUGCUAAGAAGGUUGCCGCUAGAUACAAGAAGGCUUACAGAUACAUGCACAAUGCCAUUGCUGAGCAGACCAUGUUUGUUGCCAAGAACAAGCCUCCUUACACUGACGAACAAGAGUCUACUGUCUACCUCAACCCUCUUGCCCGUGUUGACUACGACAAGAAGACUGAGUCGCUUGUCUUCAACCAGAAGAAGCUUGUUCAGGCUAACUACGGGUCUUCUACUGGCCACACCGAGGAGGUUGUCAAGGCUCUUGCCCAGUCCAACACCUCAUCCAAUGUGGGCGUUGAUGUUGAGCUUUUGAGUGCCGUUAACAUUGAGAACGAGACUUUCCUUGAGCGCAACUUUACCCAGGCUGAGCGCAAGUAUUGCGCUGCCCAGGCUGACCCCCAGGCCUCAUAUACCGGUACCUGGUCGGCCAAGGAGGCUGUCUUCAAGGCUCUUAACACUGCAGGCAAGGGCGCUGGAGCUGCUCUUAAUGAGAUUGAGAUUUUGCGCUCUGCCAAGGGUGCUCCCUAUGUUGUCCUCCACAAGGACGCCGAGGCUGCUGCCAAGAAGGAGGGCGUGAAGAGUGUCAAGAUUUCUAUUUCUCACAAUGAUUUCCAGGCCGUUGCUGUUGCCAUUGCUGAGAAAUAA